ACACCACACACUUUCGGAGUCUCCUGGGAAUCGGAGCGGAGAAAACCGGAGAUCCACGGAGACACGUGUGAUGGCUUUCCACUAAGAGUCUGAGUGGGGCCCAUCUGGCCACCUUUUGGCUGCGCCCCUGGAAGGAAAGGGCGAGUUAAAGAGGAGGAGGAGACAGAGGAGACAGAGGAGGAGGAAGAGGAGGAGCUGAAGAUGGAGGAAGAGGAGGUGUCCUGCUCAGUGGAGACCAGAGGAGAGGAGCGGCCGCCAUGUUAACCAAGAAGCCCGGAGCCUCGGUCCUCCCGGCGGGCAAAUCGGGCGAGCCGGUCUGCUCUCCUGGUCACAGCGGCUCUCAGACAACAUCGCCCGUCACCCUGCCGCCACUGCGCAACAACAACCACAACCCCCUGACGGGAGGUUCUAUGCCCACCAUGUCAGACAACAUCCAGGUCUCGUCGCAGCAGUCGCAGGUCCACAUCACCCAGCUGUUUGAGGAGAACUCCAACAGGCGUUCGGUCCUCAGCACGCAUCCCAACGGCCUCACCCCGCUCAGCUGCAGCCGGACGAGUGUGGUGCCCCCGGACCGGCAGGGUUCAGCCACCGACUCCAUCCAUCAUGGCCGCCACAGCAGCACCAUCACCAACAAGCAGGGAGACGCCAAGCCAAAGCCCUGCCCCAUGUCGCCCGACCUGGCCAUGAAGCAGUACAUGUCCAAGCUGUCGUCCUUCGAACACCACGAGGUGUUCAGCUACCCUGAAGUGUAUUUCAUCGGCCAGAACGCAAAGAAACGCAACGGCAUUCUGGGUGCAGCCAACAAUGGCGGCUAUGACGAUGAACAGGGGUCCUACAUCCAGGUGCCACAUGACCAAAUCGCUUACCGCUACGAGGUUCUGAAGGUGAUCGGAAAGGGCAGCUUCGGACAGGUGGUGAAGGCCUUCGACCAUAAAACCCAGACCCACGUGGCUCUGAAGAUGGUCCGCAACGAGAAGCGCUUCCACCGGCAGGCCGCGGAGGAGAUCCGCAUCCUGGAGCACCUGAAGAAGCAGGACAAGGACUCGAGCAUGAACGUCAUCCACAUGAUGGAGCACUUCACCUUCCGCAACCACAUCUGCAUGACCUUCGAGCUGCUCAGCAUGAACCUCUACGAGCUCAUCAAGAAGAACAAGUUCCAGGGCUUCAGCCUCCCGCUGGUCAGGAAGUUCGCCCACUCCAUCCUCCAGUGUCUGGAUGCGCUGCACAAGAACCGCAUCAUCCACUGCGACCUCAAACCAGAGAAUAUUCUCCUCAAGCAGCAAGGCCGCAGCGGCAUCAAGGUCAUAGACUUUGGCUCCAGCUGCUAUGAACAUCAAAGGGUUUACACCUACAUCCAGUCCAGGUUCUACAGAGCGCCAGAGGUGAUUCUAGGCUCCAGAUAUGGGAUGCCCAUCGACAUGUGGUCCCUGGGCUGCAUCCUGGCUGAACUGCUGACCGGUUACCCACUGUUACCAGGCGAAGACGAAUCUGACCAGCUGGCCUGCAUCAUUGAACUAUUGGGCAUGCCCAAUCCAAAGCUCCUAGAAGUCUCCAAGCGAGCAAAGAACUUUGUGUCGUCCAAAGGCUUCCCGCGGUACUGCACCGUCACCACCAUGCCGGACGGCUCGGUGGUCCUGAACGGAGGACGCUCCCGACGGGGGAAAACACGCGGUCCCCCGGGCAGCAAGGACUGGAGCGCUGCGUUGAAGGGUUGCGAUGACCCGCUCUUCCUGGACUUCCUCAAGCAAUGUCUUGAAUGGGACCCGGCACUCAGGAUGACGCCGAGCCAGGCGCUGCGCCACCCCUGGCUCAGGAGGCGGCUUCCCAAACCUCCGUCCGGAACCACCGGAGAGAAAGUCGCCCCAACCAAACGCUCCGUCAGCAACAGCGACAGUUCCAUCUCCUGCAUCUCCAAACUUGCCUCCACCUCCGGAUCCACCGCUUCCAAAUCCAGGACUAAUUUGGCUGCCAUUACAGACGCUAACGGAAACAUUCAGCCAAGGACGGUGCUGCCCAAACUAGUUAGCUGAGACUGAAUACCCCCCAUUCCCUGCGGUGGGGAAUAAAGGCUGAGUUCAAAAGUAACCAGCGAGACCUGAAUAAAACUGGUAUAUCCAGUUGUGAAGCACAUUUGAUUAUUUAUUGCGUUGCUGGGUGCAUUAAAGUGAAAUGGAGUCCUGACGUUGAAUUGUUAAAGAAGUUACCAAGCUGGGAUGCAGCCGAAACUAAGGAACUCUGGGUGCGUUCGGAAACCUCAAAUUGAAAUCAUCUGAAGCGGAUGAGAUGUUUUUAAGUUUGGGCAAAAGGACGGUAAAGUGACGACACGUUGUGGGGCGGUUCAGACAAUCGGAACACAUCACAACACUGCUCUGUAGCUCCAAACUCACAAAAACACAUCAGAAACAUGGUGCUGAUGGAGGGAACAAGGCUUUUUAAAAUAUUUUAUAACAAUCUUUUCAGCUGAGUCAUGAAAUCAGUUUAACACCAAAAAUUUUGAGUGACUUCAGUCUUACAAGUUUUUAUCUACAGUUUUAGGGUUUCACCUUCAGUUUUAUCUCAUGAACUGAUUGUAGCGUGUGUCUCUGAACCCUAAAGCUCCGUCUGGUUUUUGGUUCAUUUCAUUUUUGUGGUUCUGUUGGCAACGAUCCAAAUCACAGCGUUAUAACCCUGAUUUUAAACAGCUACCUGAGAGCUGGCUAACAGAAUUAGUUAGCCAGUUUUAUAUUAUAUCAACUAGCUAGCCAUGUUAGCAUGCUAGCGUAGUGCCUGUUAGCUGGCUAACUGCUAACUAGCACGAACUGAGUUGGUAUUAAGCUAUAUAUUCAUGUUUAGCUGCAAUACUGCUACCUAUUUUCAAUGUAACUAGAUAGCAGUUAGCCUAGCACACAGAAAAGAGUUGGCUAUUUGUAGCUGACUCAGUGUUUGCCUUGUAUAUCAGUCAUUUGGCUAGCAUUAGCCGUUAUAGCCAUAGCAUGUCAGCUCUCCACUGCCCGGCCUUAUCAUUCUCAGACAGAACAACAACAUAUUUCUACUUUCUAUGAUUUUAAUUUUUUUUUUCAGGUUGUAAAGCAGGCGAGACAGUUGAGGACAGAAACAGUGGUUCUGUUAUGAGUACAAGUUUGAUACCGAAAGUGAAUUUCUGGGACUUGACCAGGCUGAUGAAGGAGUAAAAUAGACAUGUUUUACUACAAAUUUAUAAAAUAACUCAAAUUUUUAAUAUCUGUUUUACUGUGAAUGCUGAAAAAUGCACAUUGGGAAAAUAUAAAUAUUGUCUGCAGUACUUAAGUUUAUGUGGAUAUUAAUUGGGGACCUGUUGUAAUUUGACUCAUCAGAUUUCUUAUUUUUUUCCAUCUUAAAUGGAAAAAUGAUUAAACAAAUUUAUAUCAGACAAAAACAACAUGAGUAAAUACAGAAUUCAGUUAUUUAUUAUUAAACAUGUAAAUACAUUAAUAAUCAAAAACAAGUAGAAAUACAUACUUUUCAUACAUAAUAAGGUUAAAAACAUUUGUUUUUAUUUCAUUUGAUUUUGUCAACUGUGAAGAUCAAUUACAAUUGGAAGAACUCAAAAGUGCAGAUUGUUGUCAAAAUUCACCAAACAGAGCAAAAUGGAAGCCUUAAUGAAAAAGAAACUAAAAUAUUUUGAGAAGGAUUGAAUACACUGUAUUAAGGUUUAGAUGAAGAUUGUUUUUCAAUCUGUGGAAAUACUUUAGUGACGUCCCAGAAUAAAAAUACAGCAGCGUUAAAUCUGGAUGAGGAUAUUUGGAAGAAGUUCCUUUAAAAUAUAUAUGAUAUGCCUUUAAAAUCAGCUUCAAAGGAAGCCUAACAAGCUUUAUUUUUUGUUGAGACAGAUUUGUUAAAGGGACAUACAAACAUAUGACCCAAAAAGUAAUAUAAAAAUGAAUUAGACUUUAAAACAAAAGCUGCAUUUAAAAAAGUCCCUUUCACUGAGGAAAGAUGAGAAAUGCUGCUCAAAGAACUUACAUUUUUAUUAAGUACAGUGUAUUUUGGAGCUGGGCAAUAUGGCGUAAAGAUUUAAUCUCAGAUUAUUUUUAUAUUUUGCAGAUCCAAUUUCCAAUCUCAAUUUUGUUUUCUAAGAUAUAAAUUACAAAUGACAAAACAUUUUCAAAAAGUGGAAUCUAUUUUAGUGAUUUCUUCUGUUGUUUGACAAUAUUAGGAUACAACAAUUUUCAUAAAUUACGAGAAUAUAGUCACAACAUCAACAGAAGAAUGUCUUGAAAUUACAAAAAGUCAUUUUAAUGUGAAGAAAGCUUGGAUAAUUAAUUACUUCUUCAUUUUUCUAAUAUUAGAACUUUGUUCUUCUAUUUUAAAAAAAGCUUAUAUUUUGUCAGAAAUAUAAAGUCCAAACAAACAGAAACUGUAAAACACUCUAGUCAAACAAAAUGUUAAAAAAAGAAAUUCAGAUUAUCCAAAAAUUAAAUCUUUAAAUCGAUUCAUCGCCAGCCCAGAUUUGGUUUCUUAAUUGUUUUUUUUGUUUUACAUUUAAACACAGAAUAUUAAAAACACCAGGUUCUCUCUGGUUCUUAGCUCGUUUCUGGCUCCGCCUGGAUUUUUAUCAGCUUAUGAAGGAACCGAUGUUCCAGAUCUCACUGCGAUCCGUUGGUGGUUUGGUUUAGGUGAACAACAGAGCAAAGAUCAAACUUUGAUCCUGAUCCUUUUAAAUCAGUGUUGCUAACCAUCAGGGAGGGGCGACGACGAGUAAAGCAUGUUAGAUUUAAUUUAUUUGUCACAUUUUAAUAUUUAAAAGUUUAAUCUAUGUAUGUUCAGUGAUGUGCAGUAAUUACUGUAUACUUGAAUGUGUGUGUGUGUUUGUUGCAGGACGCGUGUGUGCAAUAUUAAAAAGUUCUCUUCAAACUUGUUCCCUUACACACGAUAUUAAUACACAAACAAAAUCUGAACGCAGUCUGAAAAUAAAGUCACACAAGGAGGUGGAGGAUGAAGAUGAGGAGGAGGAGGAGGACAAGGUUUCUGGGAUUGGCAAAUCGGUGUCCGUUGACGUAAUGUAGCACACAGGAAGUGAAGGACAAUGACAAGAUGCACAGGAGGAACCACAGAUGCUAAAAGCUCCGCCCAUCUCAGGGGAAGCUCCGCCCCCUCUUGGUGCAGGAGGGAAAAGUAGAAAACGUGGAGUUGAUUCUGUUUUGUUUUGAUAAAUUGAGUUGAUUGUAUGUUUAGUUUAGUUUUUUUAACGUUUUCUUUGUGAGACGGAGUGCUGAGUCGUAACUUUGUGCCUUCAGUAUCUCGACGCCAUGCCACGCCUCCCAACGCACACAAACAUGAUGUCAUUCAUUUAUUAUUCUGCCUGAUUGGCUAAUGCAAAAAUACCAACAAUAUCUCAUUUUCCAUUCUCCAUGCGGUGUAACCUGUAUUUUCAAGCCAACAUUACAUGCUAGUGAAAUGACUAAAAAAUGCUAAUUGGUAAUUAAAAACAAACUGCAGUCUAAUUUUUUAUUUUUGUCUUAAUUUGGAAAAACAAUCCAAUAUAAAUGUUGAUUCCUCAUGUUUAACAUAUUUGUUACUGUUUAGCUUCAAAACUACUUCGCUGCCAUUAGUUGCCUUUUGUUUGCCUCUGAAGAAUUUGGGAAUGACAUUUUAAAAAAACAUUUCUAGUUCCACUUUUCACUGAGUAAAAAGUAUUUGUACAAAGUUUGACUUUACCUAGUGAUGUCUCAAAUGGAACAAUAAAAAACAUUUUAAAAAUGAAAGAAUUACUACUUAUUUACAGAAAAGUUUUUUAAAAAAUACAGCAGCAACAAGAAACGUGAUGGACAAUAAAUUAAAGAUGCGGUGUAUGUCUUUCAGACAUCUUGGAUUUUAAGAAUGGGGUUGACGAAAAGUCUCAAACUAAAAACUGUGUACUUUGAACUUGGAUGCCAAAUUUAGAGAUUUAAGAAUUUUGAUGCUCCUGAAGUCCACAGUCAAAGUGAAACCGUUACCAAUUUAAGAUAAAGAUGCAAUGCAAGUUUUUAUAUGUGUAGUUUUUGUAGUGCUUUAAACAUAGAUUCCAGUUGGGUUCAAGCUGAGGUGAAAAAAAUUGUAAAAUCCUGUUUCAUCCAGACCUGGAUGCUGUUCGCCAGCAGCAGUGAGCUGAUUGCCUUCAUGUGUGUUUAUUUCUUCUUUAAAUACCGUCGCCAACAUUUUCCCUUGAAAUUCAAAAUACUAUAAAAAAUACUUUAUUUAUCCUAAACGAAAAUUAAACACAUUUCCCAAUAAAUUAAAGCCUCAACAAAUUGCAGACCUUUAUGAGUUUGAGAGUUUGAUGCAUUCAGUUCUUCUGUGAUCACUGAGAUCAAUAUCUAAUUUAGAUUACAACAAAGUUAGAUUUUACCAUUACUCACAUUUUUUAAAUUAAACAGGAAAUUAUAACAGUCAACGUGUAACAGUUGGAGUGUCUCCGUUCAGCUGUUUCUACUAGUAUUGUGACUUUAAAAACAGAGGGGUGGUUAUUUGUAGUUCUAAACUUAUUCAGGGUAAAUCCAAUUUUCAAGCUUCCGGUUCGCUAUGGCUGCCGUUUCCGUUGAACGUUCUCAACUCGCAUCUCACGUCAUUCCCAAAAGCGAGCUCCAACUUCCGAGACAAAAACGAACAAUCAUAAACUAUAAAUUUAGACUUUUGACUGCAAUUAAAACACCGUUAGCGCUAGCCAAUAGAACAGUUGUCAUAAUGCCAUCACUGACAUCUUGCUAAACCUGUGGGCCCCUGCAAUGUUUACAGAUCCAGCAGAAGAGACCAACAGCCAAACCACAGAUCGUAGCUUUAAGCUGCUCGUUAGCAUGUCGUGUUUGUGUGUGUUGGAACAGAGGGAGAAGUUUUAGUCAUGGCAGCACAAUGUACAGACACAUAUCAGCCAACUGUCGUUUGCCAACGACAGGGCGAACCUAACACUAGCCGUUUGCUGCACUGACUUUGGUUUUACCUAUUGAAGCUACCACUAGCCUACUGCUAACUGAAUGCUAGUAGCAAACAGCAAAGGGUUUUCUUGCGCUCUGCAGCUACGUUGAGCUAUUCAACAAAGUUCUCAACCAAGGUGUUAGUAUUAAUGUGGUUGUUUUUGAUGUUUGUACCUCAGAUUGCAUUACUGUUGUCAUUUAUAUGACUAACAUGCAGGGCAUUUGGUUUAAUCUACCAAAGUGCAUUCCUUUACAAAAGUAGCUAAAUGCUAGCUACUCCAGCAGACAAAUACAGGCAGUCAGAAAGUAAGAAACAAGCAAAAAUACAAAAAAGAGACAAUUGUUUCCUGUAACAUUAGCCAUUCUAGCUCAUUAGCUCAAAUGGCUAAUGAGCUAAUGUCAGUCAAUUAGCUCAUUAGCCAUUUGGCUUCUCUCAAAAAUACAAUAAAGAGACAAUUGUUUCCUGUAACAUGAAAAAAUGUUUUAACUUACCUCUUGGUAGCACUCUGAUAACAUGUUUUUGUUCAUGUGAAAGCGGCUUUAGCCUGUUAGCCAAUUAGCUCAUUAGCCAUUUGGCUUCUCUCGAGAAGUCUUCGCAGCCAGACAUUAGUGAAAGGUUUCUAUAACGUUUGAGUUUUAUUGUUGAUUUUUUAAAGUUGUAAAUAUUGUGCAAAGUGUUUGAAUAAAACAUUUUGGGUCGGGGGAUUUCGAUGGGCUGUGGUGCCACUGCACGGCCAGUUUUAUUUUGUACUGUAUCUGCUGUACAGAACACAGAAAUUGACACUUUUCUAGUGAGCCUUUGUUCAAUUUUAUUGUGGUGGAAAAAUUAUUAAUAAAAAUACUUUUAUUGUCAA